UGCUGGUCCUGGUCGUGACAUCGGGACGCAGGAAAGUCAUCUGUAGAAUAGUCACAGUGAAAAGUAUCAAGGCGUAUUGGUAAUAUCCUAGACAACUGAAUGUAAAAACGCGAAAACAAUGUAUAUUUUCAGCUGUUAAAUGUUCACAGUUAAAUGUAGUUUGCUAACGAAGCCGCUCACACUUUUGUAACUCAACGACUGUGUUACACCAUCAAGUUACAUAAAUCUUCAGGAGAAAAUUAAGGCACUCUGGCAAAAGCGAAAGACAAAUAGGUUUCUGUAAACAGUUUUUUGUUUUUCUCGAAAUGGCAAGGAGUCUGGGUCGAAUAUUCAGAGGUUUUCAAAGCCUCUGUUCAGUUCCAUUCAUGAAGACUGAGCUCAGCCAUCCGUGUAGCAGCAUGUUCAGGACCUCCUUACGGACCAUGGCGGUGCUGCCCUCUUUCUUCUCUUUCAAGCCCCGGGACUUCAGCCUGCCAAACUCUUCAUGGGGAGAAGAAAUGAUGCAGCUAUACAAAUAUUAUGACAGUCAGUGUGAGGUGAAAACAGAUGGAGAAGAAGGCCAAGGUGGGCAGUGGAAGAGACUGCCAAGCUAUAAUCGAUCCCUCAAGUAUGCUACAGGUGGAGUGUAUCUCAGUAAGAUAAUCCAGUCAAAAGCACGACUUUUUACCCGUAACGUGAGAAACCCUGGGGCAGCAUUUGAGUACGUUCUCUUUAUGCGCAAAGAUGAACAGAAGUGUGUGUGCAUUUUGCAAGCAGGGCAUCUGCUGGAAGGCCCACCAGGACAUGUCCACGGGGGGGCGAUAGCCACCAUGAUUGAUACCGUUACAGGCACUCAUGCCUCUCUGCUUUGUGCUCCAGUGGUGACUGCCAACCUCAGCAUCGACUAUCGCAGCCCCAUCCCACUUGGCAGCACUGUGUUGAUUGAAUCCACUGUGGACAAGAGGGAAGGCAGGAAAACCUUUAUUUCAUGUAAAGUGACCAGCACCGAUGGCUCCAAACUGCACACAGAAGCAACAGCACUGUUUGUAUCUAUCAGCGUAAGCCAUCUACUAAGAGGGUGACGCAAACACACCAGCCUGCAAAAACACUGUCGGCACCAUGUGUUUGGGGGAGGUGGCGGGUCCAAUUUCAUCUAUUUGAUUAUAUGAAAUUGUCAUUAUAAAGAACGCAUACACUUUUUAGUCUUCACUUAUGAUUAAGUUGCAGUUCUUUUUUGUAUGUUUUUGUAUGCUUACUGUUACUAAAACAUAAACAGAACAUAUUUGCCUUUUAUUGAACAAAAUAUUUAUUUAAAUAUUUAACGAUUAUUUAUUGUAUCUUACAUAGUAUUAAUUGUUCUGAUGGCACUGUACAUUUGUAUACUCUGUUUCUUCAGCCAAAACAUCUUGUAAGGUUAUUAUUACGUUAGGUCUACAAAGAAGUUAUAUUGUAUAACUGGAAAGGAAAUGGUCGUUGUUAUCUUGUUGCAUUUAAAGAACAAAUAUAUAAUAAGAUGGAUUGCAUCUUCUUGAUGCAAUCCAUCAGCUCGUUGUCUGUUUUAAUUUGUUUAUUCUUCAUGUGCUGAGCAUUUUUUUUUUUUCAUGAAAUAAAUCAAAUAAUAUAUGGAUCCAAAAAGAAUUCUAAAUUAUUUUGUUGUUAAUCUCCCACCCAAAUGUGAUGUUUUAACUGCGUCAGUAUGACGUAGUAUUGAAUAUGAAGUGCAUGUUUGAAGAUGCCAUUAACACAGUUUUACAGUAUUUAAUCAGAAUUGGGGUUUAAUACUAAUCAAAUAUUUGUAGUAUUUUAGAUAUAAACCUUAGUUUUGUUGUGCUUCCUGUAUUACAUAUUUUAGUUUUGAUUUUCAGGUGUGGGUUGUUGGCUGUCACUCCACCAUGUGGUGGCUGUGGUUAUAUUUAAAUGUGAAGCGUACAUUUUCAUGCCAUAAGAAAUAUUAUGACUUACAGUGGCGAAACAAGCUUGAAACCCCAAACUAAAGUGUAUUCACUCUGGCACUUUGAACAUGUGUGUCUUUCUGUCAAAAAGGACAGGUGUGCCACAGAGCACCGUUACCAACUAACUGGAUUCUUCUACAAACAACGAUUAUAAAACAGUGAUACACACCUUUUUCUCUCGUUAUGUUAGACUUUAGAGCUGUAAUGAUUGUGAAAUGCCUUUAUUUAUUUAUACAGAUUAGUCUCAUUGAGACAUG